AUGGCUCUCUCUCUCUCUCAUAGACACGCGCGUAUAUAUCUUUAGAGACGAGGGGAGGAGGGCGAGCACACGCCACUUCUACGUGCAAACAAGGCCAUUUGCUUCAUUUCUGUUGGGCUGCAGCGACUGCAGAUAUUAUAAUAAGCAUGGAAUUAGAUCAAGAGAAUGGAAGGUGUAGCAAGGAGGAAGUUGAAGAUAAUAAUAAUAAUAAUAAUAAUAAUACAAAGAGUAGUAAUAGUACUAGUGAUGAGACGGAAGUAAUAUCGACGGAGGAGGGGUCCUGGAACAAGAUUCCGCCGUGGAAGAAGCAGGUAACAGCAAGGGGAGUGAUUGCGAGCUUCGUGAUUGGUGGGAUAUACAGCAUCAUCGCUAUGAAAUUGAACCUCACCACCGGUCUCACUCCAAACCUCAACGUCUCCGCGGCUCUUCUAGCAUUCAUAUUCAUGCGUACAUGGACUAAAAUUGCUACCAAGUUCAAAUUCUUCGACUCUUCUCCCUUUACCAGACAAGAGAACACCAUGAUUCAGACAUGCGUCGUAGCUUGUUACGGCAUAGCAGUAGGAGGGGGAUUUGGAUCUUAUCUGCUGGGGUUGAACAAAAAGACUUUUGAGCUAACAGGCGGCACCAGUAUGGAAGGCAACUCUCCGGGGAGUUACAAGGAGCCUGGAAUUGGGUGGAUGACAGCCUACCUUUUUCUUGCAUGUUUCAUUGGCCUCUUUGUUCUCAUUCCUCUCAGAAAGAUUCUUAUUAUCGAUUACCAGCUGACUUUCCCAAGCGGAUUGGCCACCGCGGUUCUAAUUAACGGUUUCCAUAACCGCGAAGAAGAGACUGCCAAGAAGCAAGUCGGAGGCUUUGUCAAAUUCUUCUCUUUCAGUUUCAUUUGGGGCUUUUUCCAGUGGUUUUACAUAGGAAAGGAGAGUGCUUGCGGAUUCCUCCAAUUUCCGACCUUUGGAUUGCAAGCAUACAAGAACAGUUUCUACUUUGAUUUCAGCAUGACAUACGUGGGAACUGGAAUGAUAUGCCCGCACCUUGUGAACCUGUCUCUGCUCUUAGGAGCUGUUCUGUCAUGGGGAAUCAUGUGGCCUCUAAUUGAAAGGAAGGAAGGAGACUGGUUCCCUCCAAAUACCACUCAUUCCAGCAUGAAAGGCUUGAAUGGCUACAAGGUAUUUAUUUCUGUAGCUCUCCUUUUGGGUGAUGGGCUCUACCAUUUCAUCAAGGUCAUUUCCAUUACUCUCAUAAACGUUCAGCACAGGUUCAGGUUAAGGUCCAAUCUUCUUAUUCUAAUUAGCCGCAGCAGCAGCCGUUCCGGCCCAGCAAACAUAAAUGAACAAUUAGAUGACGGUGGAAGAUCAAUAAUUACUAAGCACCAGCAUCAUCAGCAUAGUAAUAAUAAUAAGGAUGUGGUGUUCUUAAGAGAAAGCAUACCCAUGUGGGUAGGAGCUGCCGGAUACAGUUUGUUUGCUAUCCUCUCCUCAAUCUUGAUUCCACUACUUUUCUCGGAGGUGAGAUGGUACUACGUGAUCAUCGCCUACUCUCUGGCCCCCUCCCUGGCAUUCUGCAACGCCUAUGGGGCGGGGCUCACGGAUAUUAACAUGGCCUACAACUACGGAAAGAUAGGGUUGUUUGUCCUUGCGGCCAUGGCCGGAAAGGAGCACGGGGGAGUGGUGGCGGGCCUGGUAGGGUGCGGUCUCAUAAAGUCGGUGGUGAACGUGUCUUGCAUACUCAUGCAAGACCUGAAGACGAGCCAUAUAACCAUGACCUCUCCUCGGGCCAUGCUCAUAAGCCAGGCCAUAGGGACGGCAAUUGGCUGCCUCCUUUCCCCACUAAGCUUCUUACUCUUCUACAAGGCCUUCGACGUGGGCAACCCCGAGGGCGAGUUCAAGGCUCCUUACGCUGUCAUAUAUAGGAACAUGGCCAUCCUAGGGGUGGAGGGAUUCUCUGCAUUGCCAACUCAUUGCUUGCAGCUCUGCUACGGCUCCUUCGCCUUUGCCGUAGCAUUAAACCUGGUCAAGGACCUGUCCCCGCCCAGGAUAGCCCGAUGGAUGCCUCUUCCCAUGGCCAUGGCCGUCCCAUUCCUGGUCGGGGCAUACUUUGCCAUAGAUAUGUGCGUCGGGAGCCUGCUAGUGCUGCUCUUCCACAAACUCAUGAACAAGGCCAAGGCGGAACUGAUGGUACCCGUCGUGGCCUCUGGCUUGAUAUGCGGGGAAGGACUCUGGUCCCUUCCCGCGUCCAUACUUUCAUUGGCUAAGAUCAAUCCCCCAAUGUGCAUGAAAUUCCUCUCAUCAUAGAUAGAGAUAAUAAUUCAUUCAUCCAAUUUACCUGGCGCUCCAUAUAUAAUAUACUUCAAAAAAUUAGUACCAAUCUUAGCUCUUGCAAGCAUGCAUGCCUUUGCUGAUAAGGGUAUAAAUUUCCUAAUUGACCUCAAUAAUAAUAUUAUUAAUUCCAAUU